GUUGCUUAGAGGAAGUGGGCGGUUCUAAACCGUCGGCGGCUAGGCCUAUUUCCGGUAGGAAUCAGUGGACUUGGCUGCAGAGGCAGUGCGGAUCCGGCGUUGUCCUCUGAGCUUUUCCAAGGCUGUACAGACAUGGCGGCGGCUUUUCGGAAGGCGGCUAAGUCCCGGCAGCGGGAACACAGAGAGCGAAGCCAGCCUGGCUUUCGAAAACAUCUGGGCCUGCUGGAGAAAAAGAAAGAUUACAAACUUCGUGCAGAUGACUACCGUAAAAAACAAGAAUACCUCAAAGCUCUCCGGAAGAAGGCUCUUGAAAAAAAUCCAGAUGAAUUCUACUACAAAAUGACUCGGGUUAAACUCCAGGAUGGAGUACAUAUUAUUAAGGAGACUAAGGAAGAAGUAACCCCAGAACAACUAAAGCUGAUGAGAACUCAGGACGUCAAAUAUAUAGAAAUGAAGAGGGUUGCAGAAGCUAAGAAAAUCGAAAGACUAAAAUCAGAGCUCCAUCUGCUGGAUUUCCAGGGGAAGCAACAGAACAAGCAUGUAUUCUUUUUUGACACCAAAAAGGAAGUCGAACAGUUUGACGUCGCAACUCACCUGCAAACAGCCCCGGAGCUAGUCGACAGAGUCUUUAAUAGGCCCAGGAUAGAGACCUUGCAGAAAGAAAAAGUGAAAGGAGUUACCAAUCAGGCUGGACUUAAGCGAAUAGCUAAAGAAAGGCAAAAGCAGUAUAACUGCCUGACACAGCGGAUUGAACGAGAGAAGAAAUUGUUCGUUAUUGCUCAGAAAAUUCAAACACGCAAAGAUCUUAUGGAUAAAACUCAGAAAGUGAAGGUGAAGAAAGAAACGGUGAACUCCCCAGCUAUUUAUAAAUUUCAGAGUCGUCGAAAACGUUGACGUGUUAUAGAUAAGCCUUGUCAUUCUGUAUCAAAAAUCUGUUGUCGUUUUCUAGUAACUUCAAAUUCCAUUACUCCAAAUGGCAUGGUUUUCCGGUUUGUAACCAUAACUAAAUUGUCAGUCUGACAUUUAAUGUCUUUCUAUGAACAACAUUAAAUCUCCCUCCCUUCUGUAAUUGUUUUUGGAUUGUGAAAUUAGUCUUAUUUUUAUACACUUAAUUUUUUUUUUUCUUUGAGAUAGGGUCUUUGUUGCCAGGCUGGAAGUGCAGUGUGUGAUUAUGGCUCACUGCAACUUUGAACUCCUGGGCUCAAGUGAUCUUCCUGCCUCAGCCUCUUGAGUAGCUGGGACCACAGACAUGUGUCACCAUGUCUGAGUAAUGUUUAAAUUUUCUGUAGAGACCAGGUUUUGCCAUGUUGGCCAGGCUGGUUUUGAACUCCUGGCCUCAAGCGAUCCUCCCACCUUGGCCUCCCAAAGGGCUGGGAUUACAGGGAUGAGCCAUUAUGCCCAGCCCAUAAUUUUUUUUGUUAUGAAACAUAGGAUCUCGUUACAGCAGAUUUGGAAAGUAGAUUAAUUCAUUCCUAAUCCCAGUGCUUAUUCAAUAAUAACAAAUAUUUAUUGCAUGCUUAACUGUGCUAGGAGCUAGAGCUGUGGAGGUGGACAAUUACUGUGAGUAGUCUAGUUGAUUUCCUCCAUUUUGUAAAACGAGGCAUCACUUUUUGUCCAUGUUUUUGUGUUUUAUAGUUACAGUAAACAAUUUGAUGUCCUACUUUUUAAUUAAAUCAUUAGCUUUUCCCCAGUUUGUUACAUCACAAAAGCUUUUUACAGUAAUAUAUGCUAGAGUAAAUGUUAAAAUAAAUAUUAUUUUUAAUGA